UGAAUGGGACAGGGUACAUCAAACUACAGCGCUUGUUUUGCAGCGAGAUAGGACACAUGUGGCACGGCACAGGCUUUAAAUAGUCCGUCAUCGCUUUUUGUGCUGGAUUACUGCUUGGAGAGUUUUGGACUGUAUGAGGCUCUACCAUACAUGGAAUAAUAGUUGAACUUUUUAACGGGUUUUACUCCGGUUGGAUCCUCUUUGCGAUGAGUGAAGAGGAGCUGAGAAGCUCCCCCGCUGCUUUUAGAGAGUGAGGCGGAUUAGGCUGGAGCUCAGUGGAGGCACAACGGCACUCUCACACGGCAACCGGAGCUGGAGCCAUGAGCAGGGCGCUUACGGAGCACAUCAGCAGUAGCUUCCGAGAAGAUGCUCCUCGUCCUCCGGUACCGGGGGAGGAGGGAGAGGCGUCAUGCUACAACCCCAGCAGAUCUGCCAAAAUGAGAGCCCAAAGUAAGGUUAAAGAUACCCCCGCCGCCGCCGCACCUCCCGGCUCCACACCGCGGAGGAACGAGGAUGGACUCGGGGAGCCAGAGGGCAGCGCGUCACCGGACUCGCCUCUAGUCCGGUGGACAAAGUCUCUGCAUUUUCUCCUGGGCGACCAAGACGGCGCUCACCUCUUUAGGACCUUUUUGGAGCGGGAGAAUUGCGUGGACACUUUGGACUUUUGGUUCGCCUGCAACGGCUUCAGGCAAAUGGACUUAAAGGAUACCAAAACGUUGCGAGUUGCCAAAGUUAUUUUCAAGCGGUACAUCGAGAACAAUAGCAUCGUAGCCAAGCAGCUGAAACCCGCCACCAAGAUCUUCAUAAGGGAUAGUAUUAAGAAACAACAAAUAGACUCUGCCAUGUUUGACCAGGCACAGACGGAAAUUCAGUCCAACAUGGAAGAGAAUGCAUACCAGAUGUUUUUGACCUCUGACAUAUACCUCGAAUACGUGCGCACCGGCUGCGAAAACGCGGCGUACAUGAACCACGGCAGCCUCGGGAGCCUCAAGCUGAUGUGUGGAUACCUUCCUCCUCUCAUGGAGGAAGAGGAGUGGAGUUGUAAUGACCUGAAGGCAAAAACGUUAGGGUCUGUGGUCGGACUCUCUGCGAAAACCCUGAGGGCUACUGCUACCAUCCGGACAGCAGCUGAAGUGCUGGAGAAUAGUUGCAGGUCCCACCGUCGAGGAGACCCUGCCAGCCCCUACUUUGUCAACUCUGGCUACAUUUUUGCCCCUGCCACCAGUGCCAAUGACAGCGAGAUCUCCAGCGAUGCCACAACAGAUGAUUCCAUGUCCAUGACAGACAGUAGCGUAGAUGGAAUCCCUCCGUAUAAGCUGGGCACUAAGAAGCAACUCCAGCGAGAGAUACAUCGCAGUGUCAAGAUCAAUGGCCAGAUAACGCUACCCCACUUUCCUAGGACACAUCGGCUGCCUAAGGAGAUGACCCCUGUUGAGCCCUCAGCCUUUGCUGCCCAGCUUAUAUCCCGGCUAGAGAAGCUGAAGCGAGAGCAGGACACCAUGAGCUCAUUGGAGGAGAGGCUGCAGCAGAUCCAGGAGGAGGAGGAACGGGAGGAGAGUGGUGACCUUACCAGCAGCACCUCUCUUCAUCACCCCCUGCUCCCCUCUGGCAGCCAAUGCGAGGAAGACCCUCAGGCUAUCCUGGACGAGCACUUGUCCCGUGUCCUGAAGACACCUGGCUGCCAGUCACCGGGUGUGGUUAGACACUCGCCGCGAUCGCGAUCCCCAGAUAGGACAGGUGCUAUGGUUUCCUCAGGCCACGGGCCCUUCUUUGGUGCUUAUCCUGGGGCCACCAAAGUUCUGAUGACAGGCAGGCAGUCCACAAAGCACAUCCACCACCACUACAUUCACCAUCACCAUGCUGCGCCCAAGACCAAGGAGCAGAUUGAGGCUGAAGCGGCUCAGCGCGUGCAGUGCCUCUGCCCUCCAGGGGGCGCCAAUUAUUCUGACUUCACCCAUGCUCGCUGCAGCACUUUGUCCAGACGACCAGUCAAGAGCACAGAUGAGGGCGUGUCUUCCCCGCACCUUCCCCUAGACGCCACCGACCGCUCUCAGAAUGUUUGGCAGUGGAUCCUAGAGAGUGAGAGGCAGGGCAAGCACAAGCCACACAGCACUCAAGGCCUAAAGAAGUCCAACCCGCUUGACUCCAAGACUCUACCUGGUCGGACCCACUCCUCUUGGGGCGGAGGCGGCAUUGGCAGCGGGGCUCACCUCCGUGGCCACCACCCAGGCCACCCGUUCAUCCAGGACCCAGCGAUGCCACCCCUGCCCCCACCCAACACCCUAGCACAGCUAGAGGAGGCCUGUCGCAGACUAGAAGAGGUCUCCAAGCCACCAAAACAAAGGCAUUCAACAACAGCCAGCAGCCUUCAGAGAGACAGGAGCCAUCCAGCAGCUGCCUUCCCCACUGGAGGCAGUCCGCUAGCCAGCCCUGGACUCCAAGCAGACGAGUCUAAGGAGCUAGUGGUCACCUACUUCUUCUGUGGUGAGGAGAUUCCUUAUCGCAGCAUGAUGAAGACCCACUGCCUCACCCUCGGACACUUCAAGGAACAGCUCAGCAAGAAAGGCAACUACCGGUACUACUUCAAGAAAGCCAGUGAUGAGUUCGAGUGUGGUGCUGUGUUCGAGGAGGUAUGGGAGGAUGCCUCUGUGUUACCCAUGUAUGAGGGCAAGGUCCUGGGCAAGGUGGAGAGGAUGGACUAAAAGCCACUUUGUUGCCAACCAACCGACGCCCUUUCUCGCCCAACCAAAAGCUAAACUGUCCCGAAAUAAUUUGAGCAAGAGACUCUUUGUAAUUAACAACAAAAAACUCUGGACUCUUUUUUCUAUUUCUUAAUAUUAAGCUAAACAGAGUUAAUAUAUCCAGCACAAGAGGAGUGAUCGAAGGAAGACGAGCCAAUGAAGUAUGCCGAACCCAGAGGAGGUGCCGCCCCUCCCUGACUUUAUCAACCAAUCAGCCUUAGACCUUAACACAAGGGAACGACAAGAGAGACUUUAAAAGACCAAUACAAGGAUCAUGAUGAUGAUUGGAGGCCAGUGGGGGGGAGACCCCGCCUCUUCUUGAAUAUAACCACUGAAGAUGUAGAUGACUGUUUUGUUGUGAUGUGAUGAGAGACUGAUUGUGCGUUCACGCCGGCUUCCCAGCCGAGUGCAACGGACUAUCAGGCGCUGAAGACACAGCGCCACCAACCUGCUCUUACACUCCAACAUCGUUACAAAAACAUCUGUACAUGUGCAUAUACAUACAUGCAUAUAUGUAUAUAUACAUGUAUUAUAUAUAUAGAUGCUUUUUGUCAUGAGUUGAAAGUUUUUAUUAAGUAUUUAUUGAAAAAAACAACCCAAUCUUUUCCCCAUCUCCCUUCCUAAGUCCUCUUAAACCUGUGUCCCUCCCCUUCCCUAUAUCCAGCCAAUGGGCAAGCUGCUUUGAAUGUUGGGAAAAUACUGUGGUGAUAUUGUUUAGUGUUUGUUUGUUUUUACUUUACACAAAGGAUGUGACACUAGCCUAGCACCUCCCAUAGCCUUGUAGCCCCGUCUGAUCCAAACUAACAACUUUUGCGGCGGUCGUGUCUGAGGCGCACUCCCUCCUCUAUUCUAAUGGUCAAUCCUAGUCUUAUAUGCUGCUGAUAGUUUGUAACCCCUUUUUUUUCUCUCAGUCCGGCAACAGAGCUCAAUCUUUUUUGUUGUGCCUUUGUUUAUAAACCAGGCAUUGCACGAGGUGGGGAGGGGGGUCGAAAACAGUCGCAAAUACACACAGAGAGGAGACCUGGAGCACAAGCUGUACCAUCUAAUAAUGGCAGUGUUUACAGCCCGCACACCAAAAUAACUUGUGCUAACAAGAACAAGUUUGGGUCACUGAGAACGACUUCUUGAGGAAGUCAGCUAGCAUGUCAAAACACACACACACACACACACACACACACAAAAAGAAAAAAAAAAAGUGAAGAAUUAUGGCUCCAAUAUCCUUUGAAUGUCGUUACAGUAACAUCGUAUAUAGCAGAGCUCCUGUAUACAUUGUAAUUAUGCAUUCUGAAGUAUGGAUACUGACAUAUGUGAUGCACAGAUAAAGUACACACACACAUAAACACACACACUCAGUAUCGCUGGUGUUUAAUGAGUACAGCACCUGUGCCUACAUGGAUGCCAUACCAUGUGCUACCCUGUUUCAGGGUUUUAAUAUAUAUCCCUUGGUUUUCAGAAGGGUUUUAUGUUGAAAAGAUAUUUUUAUGCUUUUAAUAAUAUCCUAUAAUCAUGUUUUGUUUUGUUUUGUUUUGACACCACGGCCUUUUAUUGUUUUGUUUCAUUCUAUCUAAACUGUAAAUUAUACAAUAUAUAAAGAGUUUCAUUUAAAGAUUUACAUGGACCUAUAAUUAUUGUAAUUAUUGAGAGCUGUAGCCUUUAUUAAAGUUUUAUAUUUUUCA